AUGGCGGAAUGGUCGCUUUUGACAAAUGGGUCUGUGUUAGAUUUGGCUGAAACUAGUGAUGCUAAUCCAAUUAAUGGGGGUAGUGUUGGUAGUGGUAUUGAAUUUGUAAAAGAUAGUGUAGAAUGUGAUCAUAAGGGUACUGAUAUUGUAAAAGAUGGUGUAGAAUGUGUUAAUGGUGAUGAUGAUGAUUAUAAGGGUAGGUUAAGAUGUACAUUUGAUCAGGUUCUAUCUGUUUUUAUUAAGGAAAUUGGUGAUAGAGGUGUUGUUAGGCCUGUGCCUGCAAUUUUUGGUGAUAGGCAGCAUGUGGAUUUAUUCAAAUUGUACUGUGUUGUGAGAGAUAAAGGUGGGUAUGAUUUGGUUUCGAAGAGGAGGCUAUGGUCUCAUGUGUCCAAAGAGUUGGGUUUGGAUAAUGGUGCAACGGCGGCUUCAGUAAAAUUGAUCUACUUUAAGUAUUUGAAUGAGUUGGAGAUAUGGUUUAGGGAGAGUUGUACGGGUAGGAGCUUAGGGAAUGGGGAGUCUGGAAGGUAUGGGACUUUUCAUUUGAUGUCUGUGGAGCUGGAGACAGAAUUUAGAGGUUUGUUGUUGGAUGGGACAGAGCAGAAGGACAAUGGUGAUGGACUGGUUCAUUUGGAAUCUGACCGAAAUGGGAAGAUUGAAUAUGGUUUAUCAGAUACGAAAGAUGCAUGCACAAUGCAUUCAGGUACUGGAACUGGCAAUGGUCAUGACGACGAAAAAGCUUGUCAUGAUGAUCAAAAUGGUACUUUUGUAUUACCCUCCAGAGUCGAUAGUAAAGAAAACGAACGUAAAAGAAAGCGACGAGAAUCCUUAUCAGGAAUGCUGAAUUGGGUAAUCCAGACAGCAACACAACUUGGUGAUGUUUCAAUUGGAGAGAUACCAGAGCCAGCUAAGUGGAAGAAGCAUCAGGGCAACGAGUUCUGGUUCCAGGCAAUUAAAGCAAGGGAGGCAUUGAUGGUAAGAAGAGAUAUUAAUCCAAAGACUGAAGAGUUACUCCAGCAGAAGAAACUAAGGAUGCAUCCUUUGAUGUAUGAAGAUAAUAUUGCUGCUGGUCACCUUUUCUCAGAGAGGUUAAGAUGCAGAGGAAGGCUUCCUCAUUCUACUAAAUCUCGCUCGUGCACAUGUUGCAAUUCAUCGCCACCGACUCAGAGUAAUUUGAUAAGUCCUAGUAUGGAAGAACCUAAGGAGCAAGAACCUAUGGAAGUUGAUUUAGCGUCCCCUCACACAUCGGUUAUCCCAUCUGACCAGGACGAAUUCCGUGAAAAGUAUGUUUCUAUAGGCCCUCUCUUUCAAGCUGAUGUUCCUGAAUGGACCGGUGAGGCGUCAGAAAGUGAUGAUAAAUGGCUAGGCACAAGGGUAUGGCCCUUGGAAUGUGAAGAAAACGCUUCCCUUGUUAAGAAGGAUACAAUUGGCCGAGGAAGACCACAUUUUUGUGGCUGUCGGCUUCCAGGUUCUGUUACAUGUCUCAGAUUUCACAUUGCUGAGGCUAGGAUGAAAUUGAAGAAAGAACUUGGUUCCUUGUUCUAUCAUUGGAGAUUUGAUCGUAUGGGUGAGGAAAUUUGUCUUCAAUGGACAGCUGAAGAGGAAAAGAGAUUCAAGAUCUUGGUACAGUCAAAGUAUCCUUUCUUUUGGAAUAGCGCAUCCAAGUGGUUUCCCAGAAAAACUAGGGAAAACUUGGUGAGCUAUUACUUCAAUGUGUUUCUUGUUAGGCGAAGAAGUUACCAGAACCGUGCAACUCCAAAAAAUAUAGAUAGCGAUGAUGACGAAACAGAUUUUGGGUCUUUAAGUGAGGGUUUUGGGCAUGAGGCAGUCAAAGUUGCAGGCUCCAGUUUUGUUGCUUGUUCCCAGAAUAAGCAGUGUGACAUCUUGGAUUAGAUAUAAUGUUUUAUAGGAGUUAGAAAAUCGGACCAGUGGUUUACACCACUGCAUACAACUUUGGAAAGGGUGGUUCAACAGUUGCGGAAGCAGACCUGGUGGGAUUCAUGAUGUGGCCAGAAGGUAGAAGUAGUGUAAUGUGCUGAAGAUUGUUGGUGCUUCUAGAGUGUCUUCAGUUGUGCUACACUCUUUUGAAUGGCUG